AUGUUGGCAGCGCUCGGCGGUGUAGGUCUUAGCAGACGACUUUUUGCGAGGGCUGAAUUGCGUUGUAGGUAUAUUACACGUGAGAUUUUUCGAAGGGCUCGUUUGUCAUGAAAGUUCGGAGAUGAUCAGCGGGAUGAUGAGUGGGACGAUGAAGAUGAUGAAGACGACGAGUCGAUUUUAUCACUGUUGGAGGAGUCUCGAGAGGAGAAACGCCGGGUUUGCGUACGGCUGCUCUAACCUUAAAAUAGGCUCUCGAUUAUUAUUGCAAAGUGUAAACAGUAGGUUUACGUCUGAUGUUUCUAUAUCGGAGGCCGAUGUCAGCAAGUUUGUGAAGAAUCUUCUCGAUGCUCAUGGUAGGGGGAGGAAAACAGAGUUCGAUGACACUCUGCAGCAGUUUACGGUCAAGACACUGAUAGACGAGAGGACAAAGAUAUAUGAAAACAUCAAAAACCUGGCUGAACUGGUGGAGGAAGAUAAGGAUAUGAAGAAACUAGCGGAAGAGGAAAAACUGUCCAACGAAGCAAGAUUGAAAGAAAUAGACAAUGAACUGUUCAGUGCUCUAGCGCAGAGUCUGAGUGGGGAUAAUUUUGAUGAAAUUAUUUUGGAAAUUACUGCUGGAGUUGGAGGCCAGGAAGCGAUGCUUUUUGUCAAAAAUCUCUUAGAGAUGUACAUUAAACAUCUAUCCUACUUGGGAUACAGUUACGAUAUUAUAGAAAUGGACGAAUCUCCCCAAGGAGGAUGCAGACAUGCCAGUAUUAUGAUCUCUGGCAAAGAAUCAUUUGAAAAGUUACGUCAUGAGGCUGGAGUGCACAGAGUUCAGCGAGUUCCUGCCACUGAAAAGUCUGGAAGAAUUCAUACGAGUGUUGUUUCGGUAGGUGUUUUGCCUCAACCUAAUGAUAUCCAAGUGGAGAUACAUGCCAAAGAUUUGAGGAUAGAUACCAUGAGAGCUUCUGGUGCUGGGGGUCAGCACGUUAACACCACCAAUUCCGCUGUCAGAGUUACUCAUUUGCCAACUGGAAUGUCGGUGGAAUGUCAGACGGACAGGUCGCAAAUAAGAAACCGUGAAUUAGCAAUGGCCAAAUUGAGAGCCAAAAUGUACGAGCAGAAGCUGGCCAGACAGUUGAGGAGUGCUUCGGAAAUGCGUAAGCAACAGAUGGGCAUGGGUGAGAGGCAUGAGAAAAUUAGAACCUACAAUUUCAACCAAGACAGAGUGACUGAUCACAGGCUCUCCAAUGGUACGCUGCACAAUUUGAAAGGCUUUCUAGAGGGUGGCAUGGCUUUGGACGGUCUUCACGAGAGGCUCAGCAAAGACAUGCAGCACAAGCUGCUGAUGGAGGUUUUAGAUAGCGUGAAAAGAUGAUCAGCUUUGUUAAAUCAUACAACGCAUGCCCAAGUAAGUAAUGUUUAUUUGUAAAAAGGAAUGUAUAUAUAAUUUUUAUAACAUAUUAAUAAACGAGAAAUUAGAAUAUGCUC